AAAUAGAUCCCGAUUGCGCAAAAUAAUAGUAACGGGUUUAAAAAAUAUACAAAUUUGCGACUGCGAUACUUCGUUUUGUUUGCGUAGCGCCCUCCAUUUUGCUUUUUGCGAAGACCAUCGCAGUGAAGUUUCUGAGGCCCGGACGAUUUAGGUGACAUCCGAUUCACCAAAAUCGGUGCAAUCGUUUAGACUCUACCAGAGAAUGAAGGAACGCACAUACAUAAUACAUAAAUAAAUACUUAUGAAAAACAAUACCCUCCUUUUAUGAAGCGGUACAAAUAAAUAAACAUGUUGGUUUGAUACUGGUUAUGAAAGAAAACAUCAUUUUCUCGUUCUAUCUUUUGAUUUUCUCGUCGUGGAAUGGUUAGUCUUACGAGACAUUUAAAUACAUCGGGUAGUGGAGCUGUAUUUUUUGAUGCAUCUUUCAACAUGGAUGAUGACGAAUUUUUUCAACCUGUAUUGUCGUCUCAGGAAGAACAUUAUUUUAAAAAAUUAGAUACUAUACCAAUCGCGUCUAUCCCUAUUAUUUUUGGUAUUUCUCUGGAGAUCGUAGGAAUGGUAUUUAUAUUGGUGUGGCCUGAAGAAAAGAACAAAUGCGAUACUUAUUUUAUAUAUUUGUACCUUCAUUGCGCUUAUUGGUUGAUAAUUAUGUUGACCGAUCAUUUUCUGAGGGUAAAGCACGAGGUAUUACAUAUUUACGGAUAUCUGGACUUUUAUUUAUCAACCUAUCGACAUAUCCGGGCACCCCUGUUCAUAGCAUCGCUGUGGACAACUUGUUACUUGUUAUUAGCAGUGAUUCUUCAUCAUACGCAUAAAAUUAAUUAUGAAGAAUAUUGUCGUGCAUCGGAGUGGUUUACUCCUAUAAAUUAUAUAGUAGUUUUAACUACGUUGGAACUUGCAAUUAUUAUACCAAUUUACAUAAGUUAUAUCAGAAAGGUUGCAAAAUUCAAUCGAUUGCAUCCUCCACCCGAUGUUACCAGAGAAGAAUGGUUGUCUUCUUUUACUCAAGAAACGUAUUCUGGUAGCAGCGAAGUGUGUUUACAUCCUGAAAAAUCAAAUGUGGAAGAACUGCUCGAGAAACAAGCAGAACUGAUAAGAUAUCUGAGAAGUCAUAAUGAUAUAUUGAGUCGCAGGAUGAUGUUACUAGUGUCUGGACAGGGAGCCUCAUCUUCGUAAACUGAUUGUGAUGAGCGUAAAGUACUCACCUCUAAGUUGGCUAUGCACAGUAAAGAGAAACAACAUCGAAUGCGAAUCACUUUACCGUAUUCGACUAUAUUAAUAUUUUUAAUAUUUAACAUAGAUUGUAUCGACUAAUAAGAUGCGAGCAUACUUUUAGUAUCGAGCAAAGCACAGAGAAAGUUUAUCUUUACGUUAUUCGAUCUUGGAAUAAUUUGGUUUUCAUGUUUUCUUUGUUGUCAAUAAUUUGUAAUACGUUUUGUUAUAACAUCUAGGACUGGUUCCUUGUAUAAUUUAUGGCAUAUGAAUUUGACAAAAAGGAUUUCAAAACAGAGUUGGAAAUGGUUUAAAAAAUGCGUUUAAAUAGGUUGUCUAUAUAAUUUUAUUAUUCAGUAUCAAAAUAUUGCUGGUUUUUAAAUGAACUUUUCUCUAAUCGAUAUUGUUCAAAAUAAAGAAGAAAGAAAAGAAAAGACAUUGUAUUAUACAAGAAUCAAAAAUUAAUUUUUGUGAUAAAGAUGUAUAUAUGCGAUGCCAAUUCAAUAAAGUAUAUUUUUUUCAA